CUCUGCUCAGCCACAUAAGGACGGGAUCGAAGGGCUUCUUCCUCCCAGUCUUUUCCCUCAUCAUGAACACCAUUCAGACUCACUUUUGGGCCGUGCGUGACUAUCUGGCGCCGGUCCUGCGUGAGUCCAAAUUCAAGGAACAUGGCCGGAUCACACCAGAUGAGUUCGUCGCGGCGGGCGACUUUCUCACCUACAAGUUCCCCACCUGGUCCUGGUCGCCGGCCUCGUCGAGCGACCAAAAGUACUCGCGCGAGUUCUUGCCCGCCGACAAGCAGUACCUCAUUUCGCGCGGGGUGCCCUGCCUGCGGAGGGUGAGCCAGAUGGAAAAGGCAGCUGUAUCCAAGAGCCCAGCGUCCUCGUCCUCAAAGGGCGCCCCGGCUUCGGACGAGAGGCUGCUCGACUUUGCCGAGGGCAAGGACGGCGUCGAGGGCAAGGGCACCGACGAGGACUGGCUGGCGACGCACCUCGAUGACGAGCCGGCCUCUGCACACGUGCAGGACAUCGUCGAUAUUCCAGACUCGGAGCCGCCGGCUGGCGCUGCCUCGAUGACGGCCGGCGAGGAAGAUGACUUGGCAGCCCGCGUUGCAGGAACGAGCCUGUCGGGCGCAGCAGCAGACGACAACAACGGCCGAACAAAUCCAUCAGGGCUAGCAUCAGGGCCCGACGACAUCGGCGACAUCCCUGAUAUAGACGAUGAGCUUGAUGACGAAGGGCUGGGCGCAGGCGUCGAGGAGGAACAGGAUCCAGCGACGGCAACUCAGACGACGGCACCGGCAGCAGCCGCUGCUGCAGCUGCAGCGGCGGCAGCAGCGACCUCGUCGCAGGGAACAGGAGCAGGAGCGAGCGCCCGGAAUCAGCUCGUGUCAGUUCGGACAUACGACUGCCUGAUCACCUACGACAAGUACUACCAGACGCCGCGCAUGUGGCUCGUUGGCUAUGACGAAUCUGGCCAACCGCUGAAGCCGACGCAGAUCUUCGAAGACAUCUCGUCCGACUAUGCGCAGAAGACAGUCACUGUUGAGCCAUUUCCGCAUGCCAACAUGAGCACGGCGAGUAUCCACCCGUGCAAGCAUGCCAGCGUCAUGAAGAAGGUCAUUGAGCGCAUGGACGGGGGCGUGCAGGAGGAGCAGAGGAAGUCAAACAAGGACAAGAAGAAGAAAGGCUGGGGUCUGGGUGGUGCCGUCCGAAAGGUGACUGCAUCGUCGCAGACGCAGCAGCAGCCACAACAAGAGGAGCUAGCCGAGGAGAGCGAGACGCAGGUCGAGGGUCUGAGAGUGGACCAGUACCUCCUCGUCUUCCUCAAGUUCAUGGCUAGCAUCAUGCCCGCCAUAGAGAUUGACGCUACUCAGGCCGUGUGAAUAAAUCCAUGGCACUGUGAAUACAUCCAUAGCACUUGUCAUGUUAUUCUUCUUUCCGUCCCCCCCUCAUCCAUACCUCAAACCGGUCAUCAUUUCCCAUUCGUCACGUCGUCGUCCGUCCAUUUGUCACUCCCAGCCUCAAAGUCAGGCUUCGACUUUUUCUGUGGUAGAAAGAAAGCAAGUUAAGACUUCCCCUCUCCAAGAAAUACAACUAAAAAUCUGAAAC